GGUUGAUUUCAUUUUUGUUUAAGUUGUAUUUUGUUUUCUGAUGUCCUCUACUCUGAGUUGAGGAGGAUGCUCACAGGAAGGUCAUGGAGGACUGACGAAGGACCUUGCGUGAGAGGCAGGGAAGGGAAGAACUCCCAGGGUGGGAGAAGCAAUGGAAGCUCCCAGGUGAGAGCUGGGAGGGUCCACACUCUUUUGUGCGAGAUAAGGGUCAAGAUCUACUCCUAAUACAGGACUCUCUCUUUUCCCUCCUCUUUUCUCUCUUUGUUUUCUCUUUCUUUUCCCUAUUUUAAUUUAGAUUCAUUUUUUAAAUUAUAUUAUAUGCUGAAAACUUUCAAUAAAAAUUCAGGUUUUUUUAUUUUUUUAAGUUACACGGUGUUUGCAGUAAGGAAUCCCUCUGUCCACACAAAUGCUGGGCCAAAACCUCUUCCCCAGCUCCCGGCUUCCAAAAAUAGUCUCCUGCGAAAAAGAGGGGCUAUUUGUUUUUCUUUUAUGCUUUUCGGGGGGAGGGGGGUUCGGAUGAAUUUAUUUGACAUUUUCCAGAGCAGUAAAGGUAAAGGGACCCCUGACCAUUAGGUCCAGUCGUGACCAACUCUGGGGUUGCGCGCUCAUCUCGCUCUAUAGGCCAAGGGAGCCGGCGUUUGUCUGCAGACAGCUUCCGGGUCAUGUGGCCAGCAUGACUAAGCCGCUUCUGGCGAACCAGAGCAGCGCACGGAAACACCGUUUACCUUUGCGCCGGAGCGGUACCUAUUUAUCUACUUGCACUUUGACAUUCUUUAGAACUGCUAGGUUGGCAGGAGCAGGGACCGAGCAAUGGGAGCUCACCCCGUUGCGGGGAUUCGAACCACCCACCUUCUGAUCAGCAAGUUCUAGGCUCUGUGGUUUAACCCACAGCGUCACCCACGUCCCAUUUCCAGAGCAGAGUUCCAGUCAAAUCAAACUCCUUGAAGAUAAGCCUGCCUGUUGUUUUAUAAUUGUCCAUAAAUAGGUUUGUAUUUUUCGGGGAGAGCCAGACACCUAAAUAUUUUAUUUUCUUUACCACUGUUAUUUCCGUUUUGCUUUGUAACUGAUCUAUUUGUUCCCCAUUCAUAUUUUUUACCAUCGUUUUUGUUUUAUGCUUGUUAAUUUUCAGUCCUGCCAACAAACCAAAUUCUUAAUUACUUUUAAUGCUCCCGCUGUCGAGAUUUGUGGUUCCUGUAAUGUCAAAACUAUAUUGUCAGCGAAGGAUUUGACCUUGUAUUCUUUUUCUCCACACUUUAUGCCUGCAAUUCUUUCUGUCUCUCUUAUAUUUUGAACUAAUACUUGCAGUAUUUGUUUUUGUCUUAUGCUUUCCAGGGGGGGUUGGAUGAAUUUAUUUGACAUUUUCCAGAGCUGAGUUCCAGUCAAAUCAAACUCCUUGAAGAUGGGCCUGCCUGGCAAGCUGUUGUGUUCCAUCAUGGAAGGAAGUCAAGAUACAGGUAUGGAAAACAUAUGCAUUGCAGGGGGUUGGACUAGAUGACCCUCGGGGUCCCUUCCAACUCUACCAUUUUAUGAAAACAGCAGCAUCCAGAUGCAAGAAGGAAUGAGCAGUAGACUUUGUGUGUGUGGAGGGGGGAAGGCGGACUCCAUGAUUUGCAGCACUACCAAAACAAGCCCUUUAAAAAAUCCAAAUAGGGAUUUCCUUCCUUCUUUUUCUUUUAAGAAUGGGGCAGACCCAUUGGUGUCCAUUAUUAAGGACAGUCAGUCCUCUAUUAUGAAUAAACAAGAAAGCAAAUGAGAGAUACAUACCAGCAGUUGCCAGUCUCAGAAGAGCCAAGAUUUCGGGAGUGGGAGGAUGUUUCAAUAUUUCACUUGGGAGGGUCUUACAUUCCAUAGACCAGCAACGAUCCUUUGGCUCAUCGCCAAGAGAACAUGUUGAUCUUUGGAGUGUAGGUGUAGAUUUUUAAAAAAAUAAACAACAACAAUCACAACAACCACCGAGCAGUAGUUUCAUUCAGUCUGUCAAAUGGGGAACAUACUCUUCCUCAGGGCUCGGGGGCCAGUCGUGUUCCAGCCAUGGCUGCUUGUAGUCUAUGCUUUCCUCUGCCUCAUACCAGAAGACCUGUCAAAAGGUAAGGUGACGUCUGCCGGCCAGUGACAUGUUCUAUUACUCCCCCCUCCACUUUCUUGUCUCUUCUUAAAAAGUGACAAAUCCCCAAGCUGCUUUCUGAAUUUGGAAGAUAAUUUGCAAGAGUGAUGUUAAAUUUCUGCAGAGACAUUUUCAGGGGAGGAAGAAAAAACAAACAACUAGCUGAGGAAAGGUUUGCUGCCUUUGGAGAGCUCACACAUAUUGGGAUGUUAGAAGAGGAAAAGGAUUUUCUAUUUAUCUUAUAUUACAAUGUUUAGCUAAAUAUUCUUUGAAUUUCUUCCAAUCCUCUUGUGUCUCCUUUCUGGCCAGCUCCAAAAAGUCCAACAUCUUCAUCUGCCAUUCUUCUACUGUUGGUAUUGAUCCGUAUUAUUUCUCACUGUUGCAUUUUUAUGUUUGCAAACAGCACAUGAUUGUUCUCUUACAUUGUUUUGAUAUUUUCUUUGCCAUUGAAAUGAAUGUAUGUUGCAAAAAUGGUUCCGCAACUUAUGUAGCUUACUUUGAACAGUGGCGAGUGAGAUGACUAACAUAGCACUUGGCAGAAACCGAACCACAGUACAGCGGAAACAGCUCUGGUUGUGAUGAGUAUGGGUUGGAAUGCAAACUGCUGCCAUUUUACAUCCCUACAGACCUACGCUCCAUGGAGGCGAAGGUGGCUCACUGUUAUCAUGAUGUUGAUUAACUUUCAAUGUACUUGUUGUGGUGAUGUGUGCAAGAGGUGGAGGGGAUUGCAGAUUGCGUGGGAAUCUAAAAAAAUAUACAUCUCUCUGUGCUCAGAGGCACAUUGAUGUCCUCUUCCCCCUGAGGUUCGUUUUAGUAAAGGUCAUUGUGGCAUGAUUAGAAAGGUUUUGCCCAAUAUUAUCCUGAAACAAUUAGCUUUAUUCAACCAAACUGGAUGCCUGCUACCUAAGUCCAUGGCAAUUAUGUGCUUUUAUGGGGAAAUACCAAGUCAUGCUUUGAGGGAACAGUGUCCCUUUGUGUGUGUGUGUGGGGGGGGGAACAUCCCCUUAGGUUGGGAUCACCAAAGUUACAGGUGACAAUAGCUUCCAAUUCUUAAAAUACAAUUUUUGAAAAUGUACCCAAGGAAAAAAAGUGUCCCUCUACCCUGGUGAUAGUCCAAGAGAGUUAUUCCAGUAUGUUUCUGAGCACAAUUCAAAGUGUUGGUGCUGACCUUUUUAAAGCCCUAAACGGCCUCGGCCCAGUAUACCUGAAGGAGCGUCUCCACCCCCAUCGUUCUGCCCGGACACUGAGGUCCAGCUCCGAGGGCUUCUGGUGGUUCCCUCACUGCGAGAAGUGAGGUUACAGGGAACCAGGUGGAGGGCCUUCUUGGUAGUGGCGCCUGCCCUGUGGAACGCCCUCCCACCAGAUGUCACGGCAAUAAACAAUUAUCUGACUUUUAGAAGAUAUCUGAAGGCAGCCCUGUUUAGGGAAGUUUUUUAAUGUUUGAUGUUGUUGCUUUUUUAUUAUUGUUAUUGGGAGCCGCACAGAGUGGCUGGGGCAACCCAGCCAGAUGGGUGGGGUAUGUAUGUAUGUAUGUAUAAAUAAAUAAAUAUUAUUAUUAUCAUUAUUCCAUGGUCAGUUUGAAGCUGCAAUUCUGGUAGCAAGCCCCACCGAACUCUACAGGAUUUGUUUCUGAGUAUACACAUAUAGAACCCUUCCUACGUACUCCUCAGGCAGUACUAUAAAAAAGAUAAAAUUGGUGCGGUGAGCAUUCAAGGUAAGAACAAUGUGUUUAGGCAGGGAGACGCUGCAAUAAAAUAUGUCUCUGUCUCUUUAACAGCAGAUGGCUUGGUCUGCCGGCAGUGUCUCUCUAUGUGGCCAAUGUCACCGUGCAUUCCAUUUAAAAAUUUCUGCCAAGUCCGUGGUGGUGCCUGCUUCACCCUGAAAGUCUUGGGGGGUAAGGAGCCUUUCUGGAGGUCGUGCAUUCUCUAAGCGCCACCCUUUUAUAGAAUUGGCUGUGUUGGACGCAGGACAGCAUUCUGCUCCCAGGCAUCCCUUGAACUAUGCUGUCUCAAAGAGCUGGAAUUGAAAGCAAGUCUCACAUGUUAUCUCAUUGGAUGAGAUCCAGGUGGAGUCCACCCACUGAGGUCACUGAACUUAAUUUCAGUGGGUCUACACUGAGUAUGAGUUGCCUGGAUAUUACCAAAUAUUUUUAUGCCAACCUGGUAAGGCAGGCCGUUUUCAAAAUUAUGCACAUCCCAAUAUAAUUCCUCUCCACACUGGAGAGCCAGUGUGGUGUAGUGGUUAAGAGCAGUGGACUUGUAAUCUGGUGAACUGGGUUCUAUUCCCUGCUCCUCCACAUGCAGCUGCUGGGUGACCUUGGGCCAGUCACACUUCUCUGAAGUCUCUCAGCCUCACUCACCUCACAGAGUGUUUGUUGCAGGGGAGGAAGGGAAAGGAAAUUGUUAGCCGUUUUGAGACUCCUUAAGGGGAAUGAAAGGCGGGGCAUCAAGUCCAAACUCUUCUUUUUUAUUAUUGUCUUUAUACCGAUCAUCAGUGAAGAUGUUAUUGGUUAUUAUGUAUAUUCAGUCUUAUGGUUUCUUGGCACUAACGCUGGAUGGUGUUGCUGUUUUUCAAAGCAGCUUUGAUGGCUAACAAUUCAUUUCCUCCAGUUCCAUAGUUAAUUUAUGUCCUUUCAUGUAGGCUCCCGUCUCUUUUGUAAAACUGUAAUAUGCCUUACAUUGAUGGUAUAGUACAACUUAUUACAUUCUCUAGAAAGGACUUGCGAUAGUCCUUAGGGGGGGAAAGGUUUAUAUGACACACAUGACAACAUAUUUAUGCUAAGUAAGCUGCACAUUGUGGUGUUACGUUGGUCACAAUAAAUGUUGCAUGUAAAACAUAUUUCAGGUAACAUCUCGUCACAUUUUCUUAAUGCUAAGAACCUCAAAGAAGAGAUUAAAAUUUAAAAAUAUAGAUUUUUUUCUUCAUUUGUUGUGUGCGGGGGGGGGGGGGGAGGUGUUUUUGUGACCAAUGCAACAUGCUCACCCAACUAAGCUCAUCCAAUUUUAUUCCUAACAUCAAAAUUAUUGUCAGUUCACUAAAUGCGAAACCAAAACUUUCAGUACAGUAAAGGGUCAUUAAACUAUUGUCUAUUUCCUUGGAGAGGUCUUUAACUAAUCUUUAGAAAAGAAGCAGAGAGAUUCUGAGUCAUCUUGUAUGUCAUGCUCCUGGUUGCUUUACUCACGUGUAAAAUGCCAUUUCGAAAAGCUGUUGGCAGAUAAGGAAAAUUUGGAAAGUUAUCUUUAAAAUAACGCAGAACAUGUUAACUCUAUAUGGGGGGAAAUGGGUUUGUAGGUGGACAUUUUCUUGGAAUUUCCCUAAUACAAACUCCUUUUCUCUUUUCCCAAUUCCAGAAAAGCGGUUGGAGAAACUUAUGCUAGGUUGCGAAGAGGAUGCAAAGCACAAAUGUGGAAGUCAGUGGAGGCACCCCAAAACUGAUUUCCAUUACAUAUUUAGCUGCUGCUCUAAUAAAGACAACUGCAAUUGGAAACCCUGGAUCCGUCCAUGGUAACCCCUUUCUCUGGAAUUGCCAUAAAAGUUCAUUCCAUUGUCAUGGAGUAAUCAGGCAACUUCAUUGUCAGCUCACUGUAUUCCAGAGUUUUCUGUGUUCUCCUCCCAUUCCCCCUCCCCAUUUUGUUUGCCACCAUAGAAUGCAGUUACAGCACCAGCCUGCCCAGUGUGUUAAGGCAAAGCACUAUCGAUGGUGUUUCUGGGUCACUGUGCCUUUAAUCAAAAGCUUCCUGUUUUCAGGUUGUGGCCCUCUUCUUCCUUUCCCUUCGGUGCUGCUGGGAGACUAAUGAUGAAUGGUUCCUCCACAUUUAGCUGGCAAUACCCAAACCCCUUACCUAGGAGUAAGAAUCCCUGAAAUAAAUGGGAUUGUGGCGUUUGCCCUCCUAGGUGUGUGACAUCAUACUGGGUUCAUAAGGCAGCGGGGAAGUGAGCACAGUGGUGGCACAGGGAUAAACAGACCGUUAAACGUCCGGGGACCCUGUGUGAUCGGCACAAAAGUGGUGUCAGCGGUGGGAUUCGAACCCAUGCCCCCGAAGAGACUGGAGCCUUUUGUGGCGAUCACACAGGGUCCCCGGACGUUUAACGGUCUAUUGAUCCCUGUGCCACCACUGUGCUCACUUCCCCGCUGCCAGCAACCCGUUACUCUCGGGUACACACUGAGUCCAGACAGUUGUUAAAAUUGAAGCAAAUAAACAAGUUUAUUUUAUAAGUAUUAACAGGUUUAUGGUUUCUCAGAAUAUUCUUGUCAGUUUCUUUACUUUCUUUACCAGCCUAUACCUUCCUAAUACCUUCUGACUGAUUAUAUCAACUGUUUGACCGGCCCCUCUUAACCGAUUCUCUCACUCUCCCACAUCAGACUAGCCCAACCCACAGACUUAUCCUCUCAGUCUCUUCUCUAACUCCAGACUGACUUCUUAACAACUCUAACUCCUCCCCUUGGGUUCCUAUUGGUUAGUCAUUUUACAAUUAGUUAACCCUUUCCUUAUGAACCCAGUAUGAUGUCACACACCUAGCAGGGCAAACGCCACAGGGAUGUACUUCUGUGUGGACUUGUAUAGGAUUGUGUUGUUCAUCGGCCUCUAAUCCCUGUGACAGUGUAGCAGAGGCACUUGACUAAAGCAGACAAAAGAGAGAAAGUCCUACUGAACAAACCAGUAUACAACUGGUAUAUGCUUGGGAGCUAGUGUAGGGAGGAGAUGGACCUUUAAAGCCCUAAAUGGCCUCGGUCCAGUAUACCUGAAGGAGCAUCUCCACCCCCAUCAUUCAGCCCGGAUGCUGAGAUCCAGCGCCGAGGGCCUUCUGGCGGUUCCCUCAUUGCGAGAAGUGAGGUUACAGGGAACAAGGCAGAGGGCCUUCUCAGUAGUGGCGCCCACUCUGUGGAACACUCUCCCUUCAGAUGUGAAGGAAAUAAGCAGCUAUCCUAUCUUUCAAAGACAUCUGAAGGUAGCCCUGUUCAGGGAAGUUUUUAAUAUUUAACGCUGUAUUGUUUUUAACACUUGAUUGGGAGCCGCCCAGAGUGGCUGGGGAAACUCAGCCAGAUGGGCGGGGUAUAAAUAAUAAAUUAUGAUGAUGAUGAUGAUGAUGAUGAUGAUGGUUGAUCUUGCUGCUUUUCACUGCCUUUAAAAAAACAAAAAACAAAACCCAGUGUGCAUUGGUGUCUUUACAGGAAGAACUUUGAUAAUGAAGAAAUAAGCCAGGUUGAAAAGCUGAAAAGCACGGAGGCGCCUGCGACAACGUCGAAGGGACCAAUUCAGAAUUUGGAUGGCAGCAGUGCCGCCAUUUAAAGUCGCCUUGCGUUCGUGUUAGAAACUGGUGAUUCUGAAAUCCAGAAUGAUUCCUGCAGUUCAGUGGCGUGUCUCGGAGGCAAAACAUCCUUGGCUUAAGAAAUGAAAGGAAACUAAUGUUUAAUAAAACAAUCAAUAGGCGUAA